GAAUGACCCCGGCUUCCAAAACAUAGUCGAAGGGGCCUUGAUCUGGUCCAGGUCAGGAAGUUCGUGGAAUUUGUUCAUAUCCAAUACGAACAAAAGCAAAAUAAGAAUGGCCGCAAGCAUGUCAUCAAAAUCAACUCCAUGGACAUUCGUUUCCGCCUUCUACGAGCCUCAGAUUCGUCGAGUAACCCUGCAUAUAGAGAUCGAGAAGUGCAACUAUACCAAUGUCAUCGUCGAACCUCAUCCAGACUCCAGUCGAGCUGGCUCUGGCUAUCUAGAAGAUCGGCUCGUGGAGCUUCACGCGGAGGAGCCGGAGACAGAGUCGGCCAGCUUCGAACGGGACCAGAUCAUAGAACACAUCGUGGACUUGUGCCGAAUGAAAUAUGGCAGGAGUGCACCUCCAUUCGGCAGCGUCAUAUAUGCACUCACAUUGGGCGGGAUCUUCCAGGUCCGCUCGAUGCCAGAUCACCGUCUCGUCCCGGCCUUGAGAAAGCCAACGGAGACGUUCGGGCAUGAUCUUCCUCUUCCCCCGCUGGUUCCUCGAUCAAAGCUCCGGCCAGUAGCUGGCAUCGGGCAGUUUCUCCUCUCGCAGACCCGGCUGGUGGAAUACAAUGGCAAGCUUCACAUUGCCAAAGGACCGCUGUACCCUCAUCGGGCGCUGCUGGACCUGAGCGAGGUCAAGAAUCUCAUCGCUCUUCCGGCUCGACACCCGAAUGUCAUGGGUCCACCAACGGCGCUAAUAACGCUCGGAGAGACGGACGAUCGAGUCUGUGGCUUCUUGACCACGUAUCAUUGCAACGGGAACGUUGAAUUCUAUGCACGCGCGUUAAGAGAACAGGGCAAACUGUCGCCCAAGUUGCUGUUCAAGUGGGCUUUACAGCUGGUGGACGCCGUUGCGUUUCUGGCCCGCCACAGGACUUUCCACGGGGAUCUGAAACCGGACAACAUCGUGGUCACUGAUAAAGAAGAUAUCGUCCUGAUCGACUUCACCCGCCUCUUUACCACUUUCGUCACUGCGAGCCCAGAAAUCAGGAAACUUUGCGCCGGGUCUGGGGGCACCAAGCUCGGUAUCCCGGCCCACUGGCCGAUGGAGUCGGUACUUCCCUCUGAAGUCUACUCCAUCGGCCGCACCCUUUACCUGUUAUGUGAAGGCGUCGAGAUGGCCCAAGUCUACCGUGAAAUGGGCUGGACCCAAGAUGCUCCCUUCCCCACGGAAUUCGCCCCGGGCAGUCCCACGCCCCCGGAGCUACAGAAGAUCAUCUCCCUCUGUGUCUCCCCAGAACCAUGUCAGAGACCUUCGUUAGAUGCUCUAUCGAAAAUGCUACGAACCGCACAGAAGAGACAUGCGGUGAAAAAGAGGUUUUCAAGACCGACUAGUCCGAAAUCCCACCAGCAUAGUAAGUCAGAGGGUAAAGUUGGUCCUGGAACGUUUUAUAUGAUUAGGUCAAAACUUCUAUAUUGACGGGCGUAUUAUUAUAUUAUUCUGAUUAAGUAUAUAUGUUGGUA